AAUCCCCAGAAAACCGCUUCCACUCACCCUCUCGAAAAACAUGCGCAGGCUGUGAAGGGCCACACAAGUUUCCGACAUGAAGUAUACGGUGUGUCUACCAAUUCUCGUCGUCUUCUUCGCAACCUGCGAAUUGCAAGCGGUGAAAGUGUUCGAAGAGCAAAGCAUCGUGUGUUUGGACCAACGUACUUGGUAUGAAGAGACCCGGUUAGUUGAUAGCUUAUCACUGUGCGAUGGUGAGAGGGACUGCAGGAACAACGAGGACGAAAAGGAAGAAAUGUGCGAACAAAGCAUGGACCGAAUUGACGAAGUUUAUGUGCGGGAUGUUCAGGACACAUGGGCUCGUGUAGUGUGGAACACUGAGCAAUAUGGACUAUACACACCGGAUGGCUUUCUUCUGACUCUAAGACCUGAUUCUGAGACUCUGAUUCUAAGACCAGGCGGUGAUUUUCUGACCGAGAAGCUGGAAGGUCCACUACUGCAAGAUUACAUCGUCAAGGACUUACUGUCAUCGACAAACUACACUAUCAUUUUGAGACCUUACAAAAAUAUAUACACCGGGCAUUACAAGGUUGGAAAGGCGAAAGCCGUCAGUCUGCACACUGCCUACAAACUUCUGCCCGUCAGCACUGCGCCUCCUGGACUGGAGGAGGUCAGCAUCCAUUGCCAGGAUCCCAUUGUUCCCGUCACGAACAUAACUCUGACCAGUCUGUCUUUAUGUGACGAAGUACAGGACUGUUUUCAGGGCGUCGAUGAAGUGAAAGAGCAUUGCGGUAAUAUAGUACAUCAGAAGUUGUCGGCGGAAGAGAGCGCAGUCAAAUCCGUCACUCUAACGUGGAGUGAGGUGCACCCGAAUAGUCCAUGGCCAGCACAUGUUGAAGAGCACAGAACGACGCUUUACGGAAGGAGAACAGAGCCCGACGGGUUCUUUGUGACAACGAUAUCGAUGGGUGAAGUUGUUACUCCAGAUAUCAAGAGCCUUGCAGGUAGACGGUUCGUGAUAGAUAACUUGAAUUCGUCGACGAUAUACACGUUCCUGGUGAGACCCUACGUCAAUUCAACUGGAAGCAGGCGUGGCUACAAGGUCGGCAAGCUUCUCUCUCUGUCUCUGCCUACGAAGACUGCUGGGUUACAGAACCUAACGAGUUUUCAUGUGGAUAACGACACAGCGCUCGUGAUCUGGAAUGCUGAAGUGGACGCCGAUUAUUUUCAGGUUACCUAUCAAAACGGACACUCCAGGAAACAGUCAAGAAUGCUACACGUACGAAGCUUCCCAAGCUCUGCAACUGCUGGCAUGAAAAACAAACUGUUCGGCAUUCUUGUUCCAACCGGCAUUCCACUGUUACGCUUCAAUGGUGUCGCCUGUGGUGUCCAAGGGUGCAGCUAUACGACUACGAUGCUGAUUGAAGAUGCCGACGAAGGAAGGGUUUUCUUCUGGGCAUCGUCCUCAUUAUUGACCCUCAUCGAUUCGCUGGAUUUCUACCCACCUACUUGGGUACCUGGUACUUCAGGAGAUCCAGUCGCCACAAUAACGUAUAUAGCAGCGACAAGUCCCACAUCACUGUACGUCAACUGGACUACGGUAAAGUACACGGAUGAAUUUUGGGUCAGCUACUGCGAGGAACCUCCUACUUCAUGUCGCGUGUUGCGGGUGCCCUACAAAUCACUAACAGUCAUGGGCCUUGCUCCAGCCACAACGUAUAAUAUUAAAGUGCAACCAAGAAUAAGAACACGUUCUGGAAGUGUUGAACUUGGUUUAACGAGCGAAGCGCAGGUGUCCACCUGGACUGAGGUUCCCGCGCAGCUCACGUUGGAAAGCUAUCACGUAGUCACGCCUCCUUGUCUACUCCAUGUCGCCUGGACGUUAUACAAUAGCACGGUGUCUUAUAUUCAGGUCUCACUGGAAGACGACGCCUGGAUGAACUGUACAACAGCAGCACAUUGCAACGCCCACGUGUUAGAAAACGAAAUGGAGUCAAGCACAACAACGGGUUCGCUCAUACUUUGGAACUUCGAGCACUACGCGACUUACAAGGUACUGCUAAGAGGCUGCAACGAGAAUGGGUGCGGUUCCAACACCAGUAUUGAUGUGUCAACGCCGAUGGAAGCAUCCAGUGCUCCAGUGAAUCUGAGUGUGGAACAGCUCACACACGGGACAGCGCUGGUGAGAUGGGAGAGGCCAUUGCAGCCCCGUGGCCCUCUUGACGGUUACGUUGUCUCCUGGAUAUGUGACGAGGAAACGACUAGAGAGGCCAUUGUAACAGAUGUACAGUUUCUCAUCCCCGAGUCGUUGAUUGGCCAGAACUGCUCAGCAUCUGUUGUGGCCUACCAUAUCACUAAGAGAGGCCAUCAGCUGCGCGGAACUGAGGCGAACAUAGACUUCGAAACGAACAACACCACUGAAAAUCCCGGUCUGUAGUCCAGUUGGGAGAACACACAGUGCCCGAAUAAAGGAAUAUAUUGUCCA